AUGGACUUUGCGGAAAUUAUCUUCGCGUUGUUCAUCGUUGUGGUCGCAAUUGUGUCGUUGUUGUCGAACUUGCUGGUGCUGCUAUGUUUUGUCCAGAGCACCGAGAUCCGCCGACAGGUGCCGGGUAUAUUCAUCAUGAACUUGUCUUUUUGCAACAUACUUAUCACCCUUUUAAACAUGCCAUCGACAUUGGUGGGGAUUGUCAGAAACCACCAGCCUUUUGGGGAUUGCCUUUGCCAUACAGUUAGCUUUCUGGAGACCUUUUUGACUGCGAACACUAUGUUGAGUAUGGCAGCACUCAGUAUAGACCGGUGGAUAGCGGUGGUCUUUCCCUUGAGCUACUCCAGUAAAAUGCGCUACAAGGAUGCAGUGAUCAUGAUGUGCUACUCGUGGCUCCACUCCCUCACGUUUUCCCUCAUCGCCCUCCUGUUUUCCUGGGUUGACUAUAGCCACAUCUACGCCUCGUGCACAUUGCAUUUGAGCGAGGAGAGCGACAGGAUGAAGUUUACAAUUUUCACCGUCGUUUUCCACGCCAGCAGUUUCAUGCUCUCCCUUCUGAUCCUGUGCUUCACCUAUCUGAAGGUGUUAAAGGUUGCACGCUUCCACUGCAAGAGGAUUGACGUUAUAACCAUGCAGACCCUGUUCUUGCUGGUGGAUAUUCACCCAUCGUACGUAUGCUCCUUUACUUAAGAGGUGUGCAAUCAAUAGCCGUUACAAUGAGCAGUAAUAGCUUUCCAGUAGGCUAUGAUGGAGGUUAUAGUGUCAACCCUGAGGAAACAUGCUUAGAAGGUGUUAAAAAAAGAGAAAUAUAAUCAUAUUCAAUGUAGAAUGUUUUGUCAAUUAUUCUGUUGGACUAAUAUCAGUUAAUUCCUAUUUUCAGUGUGAAACAAAGGUGUCUGGUAGAGCAAAAGAGAAGGAAACAGAGAGCCACCAAGAAAAUCAGCAUUUUCAUUGGGUCGUUCAUUAUCUGUUUUGCUCCCUAUGUUAUUACAAGGUAAGUGGGUUUCCAGUAAACUGGGAUACAGGCAGCUGAACAAACAGGAGUUUCAUUCACCUACCAUAAACACACAUUAUUAAAGGGGUUAUUAUGUAGGUUAUGAGAUUAACACAUCACCAGGUGAACAGACUUUGAUAAUAAAACUCAGCUUAUGAAUAGUAAAGAUAUAGGCUAUCAUCGAAGGGUUUACAUUGUUUAAUAACUUUGCCACCCAGCAAAAUAACUGAAAAAUGAUUAAACAAAAUUCAGUUGAAAGGUGAGGCAGUACACAUGCAAGAUUGAGCAAUGCACAACUGAAGCUUUAAUUCAAUUUCACCCAAUGAGGGUUUUUGCAUGUUUAUGACAAUGAUCUCCAUCUGAAUCUGAAACAUCCUUCAUUAAACAAUCCAUUAUCUGUUAUCAAGUAAUUUCACUGAACCACCAUGAGAUGACAGUUAUCACACAAAGAGGCUUUUAUUUCCAAGAACGCACAGCAUGUCCUAGAGCAGGGUUUCCCAAACUCGGUCCUGGAGACCCCCCUGCGUGCAUGUUUUGUUUUUUGCUCUAGCACUACACAGCUGAUUCAAAUAACCAAUUAAUCAUCAAGCUUGGAUUAUUUCAAUCAGCUGUGUAGUGCUAGGGCAAAAACCAAAAUGUGCACCCCUUGGGGUCCCCAGGACCGAGUUUGGAAAAGCUUGGCCUAGAGGGAAUAUAGCAAUGUAGUUUACAUUUGAGCAAACGCUCUUAUCCAGAGCAACUUACAGGAGCAAUUAUGAUUAAGUGCCUUGCUCAAGGGCACAUCGGCAGAUUUUGCCUAGUCAGCUCGGGGAUUCAAACCAGCAACCUUUCGGUUACUGUCUCAACCUCUUAACCGCUAGGCUACCACCCAGUAGUUGUGGGCUGGUGCCUGGCUAGGAAUAACAGGAGUUCCAUAGAAGUGUUGCCAUUUUAUAGCAAGUUUGCUGCAAUUCUACACAUUUUGCCAUAGGGUGGAGAGAAAUGUUUGAAGUUUUAAUAUGAGACUAACUAAUGGGGGCCCCCCGGCCGGUAAUUCGACCAUGAUAACAAGUUUAGAUAGCUGGCCACUAAACUAACUUAGCAAUCAAACAAAUGUUAGCUGACAUGGGCUAAUUGACUGACUAUCAGUGACUGACAUAACAAGAGAAAAACUGCUGAUGCACAACCAAAUUUCGAAAAUGCUCCUUGUGUAUUCUACUAUUCUAACUCGCAACAGUAAGUUGAUACUCUGACUGAGUUCCCCCAAAAUAAAAAUAUUUAUUUUGGCAAAUUGAUCCGAGGACCUUCCAAAGGGGGGGCCCGCCAGUUGCCCAUCCCUAGUUUAGAUAGUGUGUGUGGGGCUGAAAGGUGGGGUCUAGAGAGGGUUGGGGUUGGAAUAAUGAAACAAAUGAUGGAGGAAAAUGUACGUAAUUGGCAACCUUUCACCCCCUGUGCACCUCUGAAAUAGUCGGAAUGACCUCAGGAAGGGAAAAUAGCUGCUUAUUUCCAGGAUUUAUCCUCUAUCACUCAACUGCUUCAUUGGCAUUUCUGCAUAUACCUAUGGGCAAGAAUAUUGUAGCAAUGUUCAGCUUAUACAUAUUUAUUUUCGAAGAAAAGUUUGUACGUUAUUAUUUCCUUAAGUAUAAUGCUUUGUUGCCCAAGGUGUUUUUCUGGCCCAUCCAUAAAACCUAAUUUAUUCUAUUGUACCUUGUAACCUUAGAGCCUCAUGGCAUUUCAUAGAAUAACAACUGAAUUAUCACCAAACACUCUCGAAAGCAAACAGAACAAUGCCUGCAAGAUAAAUCCCAUGCUUUGAAUAUCGGAUAACAUUUACCCUUUCUAAAAGGCUAUUUGCGAACUCUAACUUGGCCUCUGCCUUCUCCUCAGGUUGACCGAGCUGCUUCCCUUCGUGGGCAUCAACCGCCACUGGGGAAUCGUCAGUAAGUGCCUGACAUACAGCAAGGCCGCGUCCGACCCCUUUGCCUACUCCCUCCUGCGUCUACAGUACAAGAAGGUCCUGGUAACCGUCGCCAACCGGUUGCUGCGCCGUGACCUGUACCCCUCGUCUGGCCACAACAGCUCUCUGGACACAGAGAACGACUACACUCUCCAGAGGAUCAGUUAAUGGCACCAUUUUGGACAUAACAAAUAUACCACAGACAGACAGACCCAAAAUAAAGGUUUCCUC